AUGGCUGAGCGAACAGAACACGACUACAAUGAGACAUCAAGUGAUGAGAUUGAGUCCUACCACAGCGUGGGAACACCUUCCCUUCGCAAGCAGAGCACUGCCGCAUCGGGGCUGUCAGUAAUUGAACAGCGCACCCAAUCUGUGGUAUCGCGCAUUCGAAGCCGAGAACCAGGCCAAACGGCCAAAUUCAGUCAUCCGCUCACGCACACGCAAACGAGCCCUGAUGUCAUUGUUGAUUUUGAAGGGCCGGAUGACCCUUAUCGGCCUCUGAAUUGGAGUUUUAGGAAGAAGGCUAUUACGACGGUGUUAUAUGGGUUGACUACUAUGGGUGCCACAUGGGCAAGUUCAGUUUACUCGACAGGCCAGGCGCAGAUCAGCGAAGAAUUCGGCAUUUCAAGUGAGGUAUCCACGCUUGGCACCUCGUUACUUCUGUUCGGACUCGGCCUCGGUCCAUUGAUCUGGGCCCCUCUAUCGGAGCUUUAUGGACGCAAGACCGCCGUACUACCGCCAUACUUCCUGGCGGCCGUUUUCUCAUUCGGUACUGCUACCGCCAAAGAUGUACAGACCAUCAUGAUCACUCGUUUCUUCACUGGAUUCUUCGGUUCAGCCCCUGUUACCAACACCGGUGGAGUUCUGAGUGAUAUCUGGACCCCGGAACAGCGUGGUGCCGCCAUCGUCGGUUAUGCCAUGGCUGUGGUAGGUGGACCAGUCUUGGGCCCUAUUGCCGGUGGUGCAAUUUGUCAAAGCAAUCUGGGGUGGCGCUGGACGGAAUAUAUCACCGGCAUUAUGAUGCUUUUCUUCCUAGCGAUGGAUCUACUCUUCGUGGACGAGAGCUACCCACCAGUUCUACUAGUCUACAAAGCGCAACGCCUCCGCUUCGAAAGUGGUAAUUGGGCUCUACACGCACGGCACGAAGAGUGGGACGUGACUCUCAAAGAGAUCGGAAACAAAUAUCUCAUCCGCCCCUUUCGACUUCUCACAACACCAAUUUGCUUCCUUGUCGCCCUCUACGCCUCUUUCGUAUAUGGCAUUCUUUACCUCAGCCUAGCAGCUUUCCCAAUCGUCUUCCAAGAGAUCCGAGGCUGGAACCAGGUCGUCGGUGCUCUACCCUUCCUCGCAUACCUAGUGGGAAUUCUAAUGGGCGCAUGCGUCAACCUCGCCAACCAAAAGUUCUACAUCAAACGCUUCAAAGCGAACAACAAUCGCCCUGUACCCGAAGCUCGUCUUCCACCGAUGAUGAUCGGCUCUGUUCUAUUUGCAGGGGGUAUGUUUGUCUUCGGCUGGACAAGCCCUAAGCACAUCCAUUGGAUCGCGCCCAACAUCGGUGCUGUCAUGAUGGGAUUCGGCUUCUUCACGAUUUUUCAAGCCGCGUUAAAUUAUCUGAUCGAUACCUUCCAGAGAUACUCUGCUAGUGCGGUUGCAGCUAAUACCUUCCUGCGAUCGGUCUUUGCGGGUUGUUUCCCGCUUUUCACAUCGGCUAUGUUCCAUAACCUGGGUGUCCCCUGGGCCGCGAGUAUCUUGGGCUUCCUGGCCGUAGCGUUGAUUCCUAUUCCUUAUUUGUUUUACAGGUUUGGAAAGCAGAUUCGGGCACGCGGGACGUGGUCGAAAGAGUCUGUCUGA